UUACUCUCUGUUGCUCUGUCUCCUUUAGCUGCUGCUGCUGCUACUUUGAGGGAAUCCCAACUAGGACUUGACGAUCUUCACUAUCAAACAUGGCGGAUAAGGCAGUAACAAUUCGCACAAGGAAGUUCAUGACUAACAGACUGUUAUCCAGGAAGCAAUUCAUAAUUGAUGUUCUUCAUCCCGGAAGACCCAAUGUUUCCAAGGCGGAGCUGAAGGAGAAGCUAGCAAGCUUGUAUGAGGUGAAGGAUCCCAAUACAAUUUUUGUGUUUAAGUUCAGGACUCACUUUGGAGGUGGAAAAUCCACUGGCUUUGGUUUGAUUUAUGAUUCAGUUGAUAAUGCAAAGAAGUACGAGCCCAAGUACAGACUUAUCAGGAAUGGACUUGAUACUAAAGUAGAGAAGUCAAGGAAGCAACUGAAAGAGAGAAAGAACAGGGCCAAGAAGAUUCGCGGAAUAAAGAAGACAAAGGCUGGUGAUGCUGCCAAGGGUGGAAAGAAGAAGUGAUUUUUCAAGGAUUUUAUUAUCUACAUAUUCCCAUAUCCACCUAUUGGCUUUUCUUUAAUAGUUCUCUGGCAUUUAGGUAACUUUUGUUGUUAGCGUGGAUGUUUAUUUCUUCUCAUUUUCCAUUAUAUAAUUUUGAGUACUUAGCAGAAAACUAGUUUUGAUUUUUUUUUUUUUUUUCCAAACAGUUUUGAUAUUGAAUAGUGACAACUUUUCUGUUACAUGCA